GGGGGGGACGGGACCCCCGGUGCCCCCCCCGUCAGCCCCGUGCUGAGCCGCUCCCGCUGUGGGGAGUUUUCCUGGUGACGAUGAUGCUGGGUGACAUCCCCACCCUUCCUGCGCCUGAGUCACCGCUGCCUUCCGCGUGCCUGUGGCUGGCAGGAGCCUCCCGGCCGUCGGGGUGUCCGUCCGUCCUGCCACCGCCCGCUGCGCCCGCCUGAGUGAGGGGCUGUGCGCCCACCGGGGGUCUGUGGUAUCCACCCACCUCCGAUAUCACCACCUCCCUGACGCCAUGUACACUGCGCUCCCCAAAAGCGGUUCCCCCUUCGGCUCCGACGCCACCCGCCCAGGGCUGCACAUCUGGCGGGUGGAGAAGCUGCGGCCGGUGGAGGUCCCCAAAGCAACAUGGGGCACCUUCUUCUCGGGGGACGCCUACCUGGUGCUGCACAACGGGCCGGACGAGCGAGCCCACCUCCACCUCUGGAUGGGCCGGGACUCCUCGCGGGACGAGCAGGGCGCCUGUGCCCUCCUCUCCACCCAGCUGAACGCGCUGCUGGGUGAGCGCCCCGUGACGCACCGCGAGGUACAGGGCAACGAGUCCGACGUCUUCAUGGAGUACUUCCCGCGUGGCAUCACCUAUCAGGAGGGAGGUGUGGACUCAGCGUUCAAGCCCACCCGCCCCAGCGCUGGUGCCGGCCCCGUGUGCAAACUCUACCAGGUGAAGGGCAAGAAGAACAUUCGGGCAAGCGAGCAGGACCUGAGCUGGGCCAGCUUCAACACCGGCGACUGCUUCAUCCUUGACCUGGGCGAGACCCUCUUUGUCUGGUGCGGGGCCAGGUGCAACAUCCUGGAGCGCAGCAAGGCGCAGGAGCUGGCCAUGGCCAUCCGGGAUGGUGAGCGUGGUGGCAAGGCUCGCCUGGAGAUCGUGGUGGAUGGCGAGGAGCCACCUGAGAUGCUCCAGGUGCUGGGCCCCAAGCCCACCUUGCAGGAGGGCAGCCCUGAGGAGGACGUUGUGGCCGACCAAAGAAACGCGGGGGCAGCUGUCCUCUACAAGGUGUCAGACAUGACAGGGCGCAUGGACCUGAGCCAGGUGGCCACAAGCAGCCCCUUCAGCCAGAGCCUGCUCUGCUCCGAUGACUGCUUCGUGCUGGACGACAGCGCCGGAGGGAAGGUCUACGUCUGGAAAGGGCGCAAGGCCAAUGAGCAGGAGCGCCAGGCGGCCCUGAAGGUGGCCGAGGAGGUCAUCACCCGCAUGGGUCACUCACCCCGGACACAGGUGGAAAUCCUGCCGCAGGGCCACGAGACGCCCCUCUUCAAGCAGUUCUUCACCAGCUGGAAGUGAGGGAGUAGGUGGCCACAGGGCCAGCGCCCAGCCCAGAGCGUCACCAGGCAUAUGCCGGCUGUGCCAGCUCCCUGCCAGCACCUGCACCCUGCUCAGCUGUCCCUGUGACCAUCCCAUCUCCAUCCCCCUGCCAUCCCCCUGCCAUCCCAUCUCCAUCACAGCCCCCCCCAUGCCAUCCCAUCUCCAUCCCCCUGCCAUCCCAGCCCCAUGCCAUCCCAUCUCCAUCCCCCUGCCAUUCCCCUGCCAUCCCAUCUCCAUCACAGCCCCCCCCAUGCCAUCCCAUCUCCAUCCCCCUGCCAUCCCAGCCCCAUGCCAUCCCAUCUCCAUCCCCCUGCCAUCCCCAUGCCAUCCCAUCUCCAUCACAGCCCCCCCCAUGCCAUCCCAUCUCCAUCCCCAUGCCAUCCCAGCCCCAUGCCAUCCCAUCUCCAUCCCCCUGCCAUCCCAUCUCCAUCACAGCCCCCCCCAUGCCAUCCCAUCUCCAUCCCCCUGCCAUCCCCAUCCCAUCUCCACCCCCAUACCAUCCCAGCCCCAUCCCAGCCCCAUCCCCAUGCCUUUGCCCACCCUAUGCCCAUGCCAUGCCCAAGCCCACACCAUCUCCGGCCCUGUGCCAUCCUACCCCCGUGCCUUUGCUCACCCCAUGCCCUGUCAUUCCCUUCCCCAUCCCACCCCAAGCCCAUGCCAUGCCCACAGUGACCCUGUGCCAAGCCCCCCCACCCUCACUGCUGCCAUGCCUCUGCCACCUGCACGCCCUCACCACCUUUCUGCUCAUGCCCGCACCACCCCAUGCCCGUGCUGUGCCACCUGCACCCCAUCGUCUCCAUGCCCAUGCUGUCCCCAUGCCCACAUCAUCUUCCUGCCCACCCCACCUCUGUGCCUACACCAUUUCCAUGCCCACCCCACCCCUGCAUCCACAUUUCCCCCAUCCUGCACCCAGGCUCUGGAGAAUAAAGGAAUGGUGCCGAGUC